CUGCUUCCUUGGCUUGGACUUGCCAAGAUGGUGGAAGGAGAGCGGGGUGCGACCGAGGAGGAUUCUCUGCACCCGCCGCUGCGCUUCAGGAGACAUUCCGCCAGUUCGGGGCCGGAGCCUCGCGGAGCGCAGCAGGCGGCUGACUCUACAGGCAUAGAAAAGAAAGAAAAGCCUCUUCCCAGACUCAACAUUCAUUCUGCAUUCUGGAUAUUGGCAUCAAUAGCUACUACAUAUUAUGUUGAAUUUUUUAAAACUAUUAAAGAGCUUAUUCAAAAAGAAAGCUGGUGGUUUGUACUUGGCUGUUGUUUAUUGAUUGUCAGUUUAUCUGUGGCCUUUUAUUGCAUAAUAUAUCUUGAAUGGUAUCAUGGAAUCAAGGACUAUGAUGCCUGCUACCCUGCCCUGAUACCUGUCACAACUGCUAGUUUUAUUGCUGCAGCUGUUUGUUUUAACAUUUCCUUAUGGCCCAUAUGGUCUUUUCUUACACCUCUGGUGCUUUUCAUUCAGUUCAUGGGCAUCAUGAUGCUUGUGUCACUCCUUGGCUAAAUCUUUUAUGAUAUUGACAUCUACAGAACUAGGAAAUUGGGAUUUGUAACAGUACAAGCUUCUGCUUGUUGUGACAACUUAAAACAUCUGAAUGUUCUACCAUUUAUUACAAGAUUUGUAAGUUUUACAAGAAUAGCAUGAGAUGCUUGUUAUUUGUUAACUAGUUCAUUUAAAUCCAUCAUUUCUAAUCUACCUCUCACUGUGCAUCAGCAUAUUUUGAAGAAUUAUGAUGGACAUGUUGGAGGAAUUGGAUAAGCUGCAUCUCAUGAAGAAAGAAGUACAAGAUGAUCUUAAGCAGCAUGUGCUUAAAAGAGAGAUUAACUUGAAUUGUUUAACUUGUCCUAUGUUUAAAACUUUUUUUCUUUUUAACAUGAUCCAGGUGCCAUUUGGACUCUGUUUAUAUAGUCAUUGAAAUGGUACUAGAAUUGCAUAUUUUUUAAUAUUGUGCUGACAUGAGAAAUUAUGACAAUGGGCUCUAGGAGGAUAAAAGUACAAGUGUUUCAUUCUUUAAAAGUGAUUAUGCUUCAGUCAUCUUUGUGAUAGCAAUUGCAAUAUUAAAAUUUCACACUAAAAUUUUGAUAAAUAUAAUGAAUCAUGCAUGAUGCUACAGUAGUUCUAUCUUGGGUGAGGAACCCAAGAAAUCAUGAUAGGGCUUAUUUCCCAUUUCCCUUACACAAAGAAUACUAGGUCACCACAGAAAAUGGCAGACCUGUGCAUGCUUCCCGUAUCUUCAUCUGGUCCCCACCACUACUUCUGCUCAUGAGCUUUGAAGUUCUGUUUCCUUGUUUGAGUGGAGGGAACAGACUAAAUGGAGUGGCUAGAGAGAUAGAAGGGUGUACCGACAUCUAAUUCCAUGUAACAGCCUGGCAAGAGAUCUGUGUAUAAGCCAGGGAUGAAUCGAGCAAAGGGACCCAAGUCUCUCUUAGACUCUGGUAGCCUUCUCCUCCAAAACUUCUAGUGCAUACCAUGUUGGGGAACAGUGUCCUGUAUGACUGCUUCAGAUAUUGCACUUGUGGUUAGGUGUAGCUUGAUGCCUAUGUUCUUACUAUUUGGUAGUUUUUUUUAGUAUUCUCUAGUUGUAUGAUCUAGUUAACCUGUUAAUACAUUUUAUCCUGGGUCCUAUUAGGCAGUUAUUAGUGAACAAGGAAGAGCCACAGGUAGGUUGAGAAAUAAACUGCAAAAAGACUGUUCAGUCCAUGUUUAGACCCUGUUAAGGUACUAGUUGAAUUUUGCAUUGUUUCAUUAUAGGGUUUUCAAGGAUAUAAAAUUCAGAAGUGGUUUUUCGUGGCCACCUUCUGUGCAGUACUAAACAGAGUUAGCUUCAGUGUUAACUGCCACUGUCUGUGAAAGAUCCUCCAUCAGUGUUGCUUCCAAUUACUUCUGUUCCCCUGAAGCUGCCUUUCAGGAGUUUCUCCACUCCCUGUCACUGUUAGGUAUAUCCAUUCGCUUUUGUUGAUGGUGACCAUUACUCCUGAAGAAGCUGGUUGAAUUUUCAUCUGGUGUGUCUGCUUUGACCAUUACGUUUUGGGUUGCCCUGCUGGGUAACUAGUCUGGCCUCCUGGCAGCAUCAGCCUCAGCUUCUCUGACACUCUUAAACCUCCUUACCAUGUUAAGGUGUGCAUUGAAGUUGCAGGGGAGUGGGUGGAACUAGAAAAGAUUAUCAAGUCUGAGCAGGUUUCACUGGAGACCAGAGCCAAAAUCAUCCAAACUAUUAUAUUCCUGAUCAUUAUGUAUGGGUGUGAAAAGUGGAUAGUGAAGAAAGCGGACAGAAGAAACAUGAUGUGUUUGAAACACGAUGCUGGAGCAAAGCAUUGUGAAUAUUCUGGAUCUGACAAAAAGAUGAACAGGUGGAUCCUAGGUCAAAUCAAAUCAGAACUUUUCCUGGAAGCAAAAAAACAAAAACAAAAGUGAAGCUAUUGUACUUUGGGUGCAUCAUGAGAAGGCAAGGCUGAUUAGAAAAGGCAAUCAUGAAAGUCAAAAGCCAGAAAAGUAGAAGGCCAAAUAUGAGAUGGAUUGACUCUGAAAAAUAAGUCACAAUCUUGAGUCUACAAGUGCUGAGCAGGACUGUGAGAGGCAGGACAUUUUUAAGGGUAUUAAUUCAUGAUUACUUAAUUGAUGCAGAAUAUUUAAAUAUUUGUAUAAUUAUUUGGCCUGCAGCAUCAGGGUCAGUGCUGAUGUUUUUAAUUAACUUAAAAAAAACUCUUGCCCACAUAGCUAAAGACAAGUUAUUAUUAUCAUUUAUUAGAUUUCUAACCUGUUCCAUUAGCCACACAGCUCCCUGGGCAGGUUGCAACAAUGAAAAGUUAUAUCAAAUGUGUAUAUAUGUGUCACUUAGAACUUACAUUGUAUGCUCUCUGUCAUUCUACUAUUUAGUUUAAAUGGAUAGCUUUAAAAUAUAGAAGAAGAAAAGUUUUCAUAAAAAGUAACUGCAGGUCAGCUUUACUUAUCUAGUAUACCAUCUAAUAUGAACAGUUCAGUAAGAGCAAUGCAUAUAAUUUUUCGAUAAUGACUUGCAGGGAUAGGAUAGGACACCUUAUAACAGGUGCAUUAUUGCACAAAAAUAAGCCAUAGCAAUGGGAAGCAAAGCACUAUUUCCUCAUUAGAAAAUUAGAUCAUACUUGCUGUGGUCAUUAAGCUUUUAAUAAGCCAAAGCUGUUGAUAAUACUAAGAUGUUAUUAAGCCAGAGGGUAAAAUGUGUCAAUUAUAUGUGUAUUUCAGAUUCCCCCCCCCCCCCCCGAAACAUCCUUAAUGAAAGUAGCUGCUUCUGUGCACUCAUUUUCUGGACUGGGGAGUGUGGAUACCCAGUAUCAUUUAUGAUGUAUCUAAAUUAAUCAGUAUUUUAUCUUACAAUGCCAAAAUACUUUGCUAUAUCAAAAUACUUUGCUAUAUCCACUGUCAUUCUCCAUGUUUUUAUCAUAAAUUUGUUUGAUUUUCUAAUAAAGUUGAAAAUAAAAUGUUUGGGAAUCUAUGCUGCACAGCUCUGCAUGCACCCACACAUUCCUACAAACAAGAGUCCUAUGCCUUGUUCUUCCCAAGCAGAUUCCCGGCCAUGCUGCACCAUCUCUGGCAAUUCUCCAGUGGCUGCCAUGGAAAGAUGAGUGAGCCCUUCCAGCUCCUGACAAGUAGACUUUAAAAUGUUCCAUGCAGUCACAGAGGAAUAGGAUGUGUUACUUUUAAGGACUCGUAGACGAGAUUGUUGAUUUCAAACCUUAAAGCCCUCAACAACCUGGAACCAGAGUUCUGGAACUAUGUUCUCUCAUAAGAAGCUACUCACUGAUUUAGAUUGUUGCCUGAAGAGCUGUUCUGUGUUCUCCUGUGGCAGGUGGCCAUGUGCAACACAAGCAUUUGUUGACAUCUAAUCUUAGAAAUUUCCUCCCACAAGCAGCUUUUGAGGGGAGCUUCUUCACCACUAUUAGGCAUUUGGUGGAAAUGCUGUUGUUUUGAUUUUGAUUCAGCUGAAACUGAUCUCUGCUGUGAUUCCUUGUAGUGCUGCAUGUUUGUUACCUUUUGUUUUCACUAUGAUGGGUAACUACUCUUCAGGGUAUAAAAGAAAUCUUGCUUCUUGAAGAUCUGCAUGUAGGGACUCUUUGUACUAAUAAGUUGUACUUUUACAUUUUACAGUCAGUUAACUAAAUGUUCCUAUCAUUGCCCUUGUUUAUUGUCUUUUGAAUACCUUUAAAAAUUCAAAGCAGUGCUAUGAUAGAACUAGGGCUUUCAGGGUGGAAUCAUUAGGACUUCUUUAUUAGCAGGAAUAAUGCCUUCCCUUCCCCACUUCUCCUGUUCCCUAUAAGCUUAGUCCUAAUCCUCCUAGUAGCUGAAGGAAAGUGAUUUUCUCAGCCAUAAUCUAUUGCUGUGAGCCAUCACUGUUUUAAUACAAGGUGUUCUUGAGUGGUUUACUCUUGAAUGGGCAAUUCAGACCUAUUAGCUUCAAGAACAUGAGAACAUAAGAAUGUAAGAAAUGCUAUGCUAGAUCAGAUGGGUCCAUCUAGUCCAGCAUUCCAUACACAUGGUGGCAAACCAGCUGGCCACAAAAUCCCUCCAGCAGGAUGCAUCACAGUAGUCCUAGAAAGUCUCUUGUUCCAUGUACCUGUUCAAUCCCCUUUUAAAGCCAUCUAGGGCAGUGACCAACACUACCUCCCAUGGCAGCAGAUUUCAUAGUUCAACUACAUUUUGUGUGAAGAACUUUCUUUUAUCUGUCCUAAGCCUUCUUCUAAAGCUUCAUGGGAUGACCCCAGGUUCAGGUAUUAUGGGAAAGGAAGAAAAAAUCUCUUCCCCCUCCAUUUUCUCCUCCUUGUGCAUAAUUUUAAACACCCUGAUCAUGUGUCUCCUUGCUUGCCUUUUUUAAAAAGCUGAACAUUCCCAGUUGUUGCAGCCAGUCCUCCUCGGGGAGGUGCUCCAGCUUGCUGAUCCUUUUCCUUGCCCUUCUCAGUACUUUUUCCAAUUCAAUAAUGUCUUUGUUCAGGUGAGGGAACCAGAAGUGGACACAAUAUUCCAAGUGCGGUUAUUCCAAUGUAUAAGGGGAGUAAGAUCUUGGCAGUUCUAUUUUCUAUUCUGUUCUUAAUUAUGCCUAGCAUGAAGUUUUUCUUUUUCACAGCAACUGCACACAGGGCUGAGGUUUUUAUUGGGCUGUCCACUACCACCCCAAGAUCCCUUUCUUGCUCAGUCACUGCUAGUUCUAAUCCCAUCGAAAUAUAGUUGGGAUUUUUUGUGCUAACAUGCAUUAGUUUACAUUUGCUUUAUACAAAACUGCAUUUGCCAUUUUGAUGCCUAUUUUCCCAGCUUACCGAGAUCCCUUUGGAUCUCCUCACAGUCCCUUAGGGUUGUGACCAUCCUAAAUAGUAUGGUGUCAUCAGCAAACUUGGCUACUUCACUACUUACACCUAAUUCCAGAUAAUUUACAGAUAAGUUGAAAAGAAUUGGACUUAAUACACAACAUUGCAAAACUUCACUGGUUACCGUAUUUUCCUUGUAUAAGAUGAUACUUUUUCUUCAAAAUAUUUACCUAAAAAUGGAGGGGCUUCUUAUACCGAGGUCAGGGGAGGGGGGAGAAGAGAAUUGUGGUUGUGAAACUGAUACCUUAUCUCUGCAAACUAGCCUCAGGAGCGAAACUUCUGAUUGCAAGACAAGCUAAUAGGUUUCCUCCAAUCAUGAGCCUUUGUAACUGACCUCAGCUGAUGCUGCAGAGAGUGUGUAGGCAGUGCCCAGAUGCGACAGAGAGCGGUAAUGUCUGUGUCAACCAAAUGAUGAAGAAGAAACCAGUGAUGCAACAGAGGCUGAAUAAAGUGAUUUGCUCAGAGCUAAGUGUGAAGCAUAAUAUCAUAGUACUGGUAUGUAAAUGUUGCCUAAUCACUAAAUAAAAAUGUCUUCUAUUUA